GUCACGGUAGGCAGAUAACAGAAGUGAAAAUCUGAGAAAACAUUGGAAAUUAUUCCAAACGCUGGUUCUCGUAAGUUAUUAACGGUUGUUGGAAAAAGGGAUUAAAGGAGAUUAAACCUCAAAGAGUAAACAGUUGCCUAGACAAAUUGUUAUCAAUCUGGAAAAUUAUUGGCAAGACGAAUCGAUUGAAACGAAUUAACAACAACGACACACGUUUCUAACAUUUAAACACAUAUUUUGAUAUUAUGUAAAAUAAUAGUUUAAAUAAGCAUUGAUCAUUUGAUUGAUGACAGAUAGGACUAGUGAACUAUUAUAAGGAAAAAAACAGGGAAUUAUGGCUACAACAUUUUUACCAAUCGCUGUAGUUAAUGAAACUGUUUCCAGUAACCACACGAAUAGUACAUUAGAUCAAAAGUUAAAUCCAUUCUACUUUUAUCAGACGGAAGAAAUUGUGUUCCUGUCGUUUUUGUUUUUCUUCAUUGUUAUUGGAAAUUCUAUAGUGCUACUAGCACUUGGUUUGUCGAAGCGCACACACUCAAGGAUGCAUUUCUUUAUCAUGCACUUGGCUCUAGCAGAUUUAUCAGUUGGUCUCAUUACUGUAUUAGGUGACCUCAUCUGGAAAAUAACGAUAAAAUGGUAUGCUGGAGACGUCAUUUGCAAAAUGUUAAAAUUUGCACAGGCAUUUGUUAUGUUUGCUUCGUCAUAUAUGUUAGUGGCACUAAGUAUAGAUAGGUAUGAUGCCAUUGCAAGACCACUGUCUUUUUCCACCACUUGGACCCGAUGCAAAGUUCUUGUUGGUGUAGCUUGGGGUCUCUCUGCACUAUUUUCUGUACCGUUGUUUGUAUUUUCUGGAGUUCCGGAGGGCACGUUGGAGUGCUGGUUACAGUUUCCUAUUGACUACGAUUGGAUAUGGUUGGUGUAUUUUGUUGGGGUAAUGACAGCAGUUCUCAUAUUGCCUGCUUUGAUAAUUGCCGGGUGUUACUUGCUAAUUAUCCUUAUUAUAUGGAAGAACAGUCAUCUUUUAGAAACCACCAGACCUAAGCAAGUUUAUACCGCAGAGAAAAAAUUCUUAGUGUCUUCAUCUCAUGACAUUGCUGCAAAUAACGGUUGCACCCCAACAGGUUCUCCAAAAACAAAUAGAGUAAGAAGUGGAGUUAGCGGUGGUCGCAGUUCUAAAGGCAUUAUUCCACAAGCAAAAAUUCGUACUGUCAAAAUGACAUUUACCAUUGUAUCAGCAUUCAUACUAUGCUGGAGUCCAUAUUUCAUAUUCAACUUGUUGAGCGUUCUUGGUAUCAUUCCUAAAACACAGGCCACUAUAGCUACUCAUACGUUUAUACAGAGUUUAGCGCCAUUAAACAGUGCAGCUAACCCAAUAAUAUAUGGAAUAUUCAGUACAAGAAUUUGCAGGUAUUUGAGACAAUUAAGAAUGUUUCGUUGGCUAUCCUCCUUUUGUUGUUGCCAAGAUGGUCAAACACCACGAAGUUCAGGUUUUUCGGAAGUUUCAAACUAUACUGACGCAUGUGGUGAUUAUAUAAGGAGGUCACCGAGGAUUGUAAGCGAAUACCCGAGGAGAUCACCGCGAAAUUCUGAGGAUUUUUUAUGUAAACCACCAAGGACAACAUUGACUACUAAUGACACAUGUUCCCUAAGAACACCACAUUAUGUAGCGAUUGGCGAAUAUUCUAAUAAACGGCCAUUACAAAAUGGUAACAAUAUUGAAAUGUGUGACUUCAUACUUAUUGCCGUAAAGCGGGAUGGUAAAAUAUCGUAAAGUGUAUUAUAUUGUAAUUAUUGCUUUAGUUAUGAAUGUUUGCCUUAUAUAUUUAUUUAAACAUAUACAUAUUGUACAAUAACAGAAUCGUACAUACUACAGUUGUUCUAAUGUACACUUUUCAUUUAUUCUGAUUUAUCAAAACCAUUUUGACAUUUAUGUGCAUGAAAGACAAGUUUUGAUGAAUGGCGCUAAGCAGAUGAUUCAGUUUGAAGAUUUUGAUACAUUUAUCUAUUGAAAAGAUCAGAUAUGUAGAAUUUUUUUAACAUUGUGUCAUUGGCCUUAGCUUUAUAAGCUAAUGUUUAUAAAUUGUUUCAAUGUAGAUAAAUAUUGCAGCUUAUUUAAAAAUCUAUGUUUAUGGUUUUUCUGUAAAUUUAUUGAUAAAAGAAUGUUCGCGAAG